AUGGAAGAUAGCUUUUCUGACGACUCCAUCAAUGAAGCUGAAGAUGUUUCUCUUCCCAAGGCGACAAUUUCAAAGUUGAUACAGGAACGUCUUCCCUCUGAUAUUACGUGCGCUAAAGAAACUCGGGAUCUUCUUGUCUCCUGCUGUGUUGAAUUCAUUCAUUUACUCGCAACUGAAUCCAAUAAAAUCUGUGAAAAUGAGUCCAGAAAGACGAUUGCCCCUGAACAUGUAUGCAAUGCGCUUCAGAACCUUGGAUUUUCAGACUAUGUGCCGGACGUACGGACCGCAUUAAAGGAGCAUAAGGAGGUAGCAAAAUCCCGAGAAAGGAAAUCCAACCGCUUUGAUGAUGGGGGCUUAUCUAGGGAAGAUUUGCAGCGAGAACAAGAAGCUCUCUUUGAAAAGGCCCGACAAAAAUUUCUUGCAACCUCGUCCCCGACAGCACCCUCAUCCUCAUUACCAGGAUUCUCUGUAAAUUAG